ACCAACGACUCUGCUUACCUUCGGACUUCCCCACGAACAAUUCAUCGAUCCACCAGCCUCACUCUCCACCCUCCAACGCUGACAACGAUAUCACCAUGCGCCGCUCAGCCGGCAUCCUCACUCUUACGGCCUGCGCGAUCCGCGCCAGUGCCUUUCUGCUACCACCUGGCUUCACUAUCGCGAGUGGACAUCGACUGGAUCCGGCUGCAUUACUAGGUGCCGGACUGGCGAAGAGCCGUGCCCUCACACUACAAUGCUCGGAAUGCGCAUUCCCACCUCCAAAGGCGGAAAUCACAGAGGAGGCUGAGGGCGACGUCUUCCGCAUCCAGGGUGGUGCGAACAGCGUCUUGGUGAAUUUCAGCAUUGCGGAAGACGGGAAGAGCCUAGAAUUCAACGGCAACACAAUAUACCCAUUGGAUAGUGUGGUUGAUGUUUUCAGCAAGGCGUACGUCAAGCAGGUCCCUGAUUCGGCCACUCUGGAGGAGAUCAAAACCAGCGAGUCGAAGUACACUCCGCUAGAAGUGACAGGAUCGGGCGUUGUGGUUCAGCAGGAGGAGAUGGUCACACCGGCGGGAGAUGUUCUGAUUCCGAUCAAAUACACCAUCUUCGGGCUCGAAGGGCAGCCAGUAUCGAUCGACGAGGUCCAGAUCAAGCUGCUCAAGACUACGGCAGGAGAUCUUUACAUCAUGCUCGUUGGGACACUCGGGCGACUACCACCUAGGCCCGACGACACCAUUUUACCACACGCGGGAUACAUUGACAUGCUCUUCCCACCGCCUCCAUCGCACCAGAAGACCGACGAGGACUGCAAGGUGCUCCCACCUGCGCUUUGCAAACUACGCAACAUGCUCGAAGCGAAGAUCUCCGGCAUGAAGAAGCACGGCGGUAUGAGGAGACCGUGCCCUGGCAUGAUGAAUAUGAAGGAUGGUAAAUCCCGCCAUCACCACGAUUCCAAGCCUGGCCGUCUCCCACCAGGUCUCUUCGGCAUCAACCCGACUGACGCACCACCCUCACCUCACGGUCGUCCACACCAUCACCGACCACACCACGGCCACCACCAACACAGCUUCUUUGAGAACUUUAGCCGUGGCUUCGCUGCCGUGCUGAUCCCUACCUUGGCUGGAAUUGCCGUUGGCAUGAUGGUCAGCCUACUCGGUCUUGUGCUGGGUCGCGUCAUCGGGUAUCUGUGGAUCAAGCUGUAUCGUGGUGGACGGAAGGGUUACGCCAGUGUGGCACUGGAUGAGUCGAGCGCUGAAGCCGUUGACGGUGAGAAGGCGUUUGUGGAGCAGGGUGUGGUGGAGGGUGGUCUACCAGCCUACGACGGCCCGCCGGCUUACGAUGAGGUUGCAGUGAAGGCGGACAAAUUCUUGAAGCCCGAGAGCAAGAUCGUCAGACCUGCAUGUGCAGCAAAGCCAAGCCAGGAAAGCUUCCAUCGCACAAUGUACAACAGACCGGUCGCGGACACAGACCCUGCAGCGAAACAAUAUGGAGCAGUGAACGAGCCGUGA